ACAUCACUAGAGGAGUAUUAUGCAAAAAAUUAAUCCAAAUGCAAUAAAUACUAUAAUUUUUUUGCCACAUGGCAAGCAGUUUUCUAUCCAUCGCACUUUGCUCAACAGGUCUCGUCGCUUUUCCAAAUUAUGGCCUUCUACAUUAUUCUCACUAGGACUCCUGUUAGAAUAAAGCCGACGCAAUUUCCACUAUGUACAAAUCACUAGUUCUGUGUUUCAUUUGAUUUGAGUUUAAA